AUGACUGUCAGCAAGCUGAAAACGAAGGGCAAAAAGAAGGGGCAGAGCCUGGACGACAAGGUCCGGAAGAAGCUCCACCUGAACAAGCAGGAUCGAGGACGGGUCAUCAAACAGAAGAAGCGGCUUGCCAUCAAGAAAGCCGUAGAGGAGCGCGUCAAGGAGAACAUGGCCGAGCUGGGCAUCAGCGGGCGUACGCGCGAGCCCUCCGUUGCCUCCGAAAGCAGUUUUGGAUCGGUGCCGCCGCCGAAGAGACUGAAAAAGAGGGUCUCCUUCUCGGCGACACUUUGCGAGCAGAAGGAAUUCAAGAAGACGGACGAGAUCGAGGCGCGCCUUUCAGAAGCUUCACCUGGGCGCAGCAUUUUGUCAACGCCAAACAAAAAGAGUCUUCGAAAGGCGGCCGCUGCCAAAGCAAAUACCGAGAUCGCUGACGCUGACGACAGUAUGGAUGGUGUAGAAGAAUCAACCGACACACCGACCCCUAAAAAAGCCACCACCAAAGUUCCAAAGAUCAAGCCGGUGCUGCAGGUCCCAAAGAAAGUGAAAGAACAGCUGAUGAAUAUGCCGCGCAAGGAACGGAAGGCUUUCCUCGUCGAGUUGCGCAAGAAGCAGAAGCCCAAUCUAACCAUCGCCAACGACUGUAAAGCACUUUGGGAACGGGCCCGGAUGAAGAAGGUCGCCAAGGACGAGAAGGACGAGAUCAUCAGGAAAUUGGUCGGGCUCGUCAAAGGCCAUGCAAAGCAGCUCAUCUACGCCCACGACAUGUCGCGCAUCUUCCAAUAUUUGCUAAAGUUGGAGCGUGAAGGUAUCACCGAGAUGCUCUUCCACGAGCUGAGCUCCGAGCUGGUGCGCAUGUCGAAGAGCCCCUAUGCCCGGUUCUUUGUGAAGCGGAUGCUAAAAUAUGGUUCUCGUCAACAGCGUUCUACAAUUAUCGACGCGUUCCGGGGACACGCCGUGGCGAUGCUUGGCAACGUUUUUUCUGCAGAUAUCCUUGAAUCCGUCUACAACGAGUACGCCAACGCCCAGCAGCGCUUCGACAUGAUCACCGAAUUUUACGGGAAGGAAUUUGUGAUUUUUAGACUUGACAAAAUCAAGACCCUUGACGAGAUUAUUGCCGCCGAGCCCGCGAAGCGACCCCUGAUCACCAAAUAUCUGGAGGAAAUCCUCGUCGACAAAUGCACGAACAAAAUUACCCUGCGCCAUUCGCUCGUCCACAAAUUGAUGUCCGACCUGUUAGAGCACGGGGACAAGGACCAGAAGAGCAAUUUGCUGGAUGCUGUCAAGGAUAAGAUUCCCGAAAUCGUUCACACUCCAUAUGGUGCGCGCGUGGCGAUGAAAUGUGUGUGGAUGGCAAACGCAAAGGACCGCAAGCUGAUCGUCAAGAACUUCAAAGACCUCUCCGUGAAGGCAGCGAAAGAAAAGUUUGGACAGCGGGUACUCUGCACCAUCUUCGAUCAAGUCGACGACACCAAGCUCGUCAACAAGUUCAUAACUUCGGAAUUGGGCAACCACGUCGGUGACUUGAUGCAGGAUCGAUGGGGCUGCCUAUGUCUCGAGUACAUUGCACACCCUCGUGACGGGCGCUCGAUGGACCAUGCGUUGAUCAAAGAGCUGGAGCGGGGCGAUGGCAACGAGCAUUCGAAAAAGGAAAAGAAGGACAGAUAUGCCGAAAUCUUCGAACAAAUCGCGAAUCCGCUGCUCACCUACUGUGCCGCCAACAUGGACGAGCUGAUCUUUGGGCAAAUGGCGCCCGUUACCGUGCACACCGUCCGAAAGAUGCUAGAGCUUCCAAUUCCCCGUGAUCUCUUUGAACGAAAGGUGGAGGGCGCCGAUCGGAUCGCCUGCUACGAGGCCAUCGCCAAGCUCGCCGCCGAGGAGUUCAUCCCGAUGAACCCGGAACGUUUCCACUUGAUUGAAUCCACGAACGGCGGCUACCUGGUCGGGCAACUUCUGCGCCAAGAUUCGCGAUUGCCCGUUGAGCAGCGACUUUCCACGCAGUUCAUCACGCAUGUGCCGUUGGAGUCGUUGUCGGGCUGGCUUUCAUGUAAUAAGGGCUGCUUCGUCCUGCUGCGCAUGUGGGAACACGGCGGCGAUGCCGUGCAAAAGAAGCUGCGCAAGCUGAUCGACGUGAAACGGCUCGAACGGUACUCCUUCGUCGGGGCACGCCUGUUGCGCGAGGCGUUAACUGGAGCCAAGGCUACCGUGAAGAAGGAAGUAAAGGAGGAGCCCGGCAUAAAUGGUGUCGCGCUCGAUGAGGAUGAAUACGAGGUGCUGGACGACGGGGACGACAUGGAGCAAGCCAAUUCCGACAGCGACGAC